AUGGGCAGUUCUACGCAAAAGCAGCGCAACGGACCCAACGUCGGUACCCAAGCCGUACCAGACACCAGCUGCCUUGCAUAUGACGACGAUGGCUCCAGACGCAGAGAGGGUGACGCCAACAGAAACGGCAAAAUAGCUAUCGCAGACGUGCCAGCUAGGACCCCGGGCGGGCUGACUACUCACCACUGUCCCUUCUGCCACACACCAAAUUCGGGCAGAUGUCUCAAGAAGGGAUGCAUCAUUGAGUGCGCGCAUUGCGGCGUGCACAGGUCAGCAAAAAAGAGCUCUUCAUGCUGGGGCUGCGAGGAUAACGCGGUCAGGGCAGCAAGGAAACAGAAGGAACAGGAAGAGGCGACAGCAAGAGCUGAACGGAAGCUGAAAACGACGGUUGAGCCGUCUCCGCCGGCGAGAAAGAAGUCGAGAUGGACCGCGAAUCAACACGAGCAGAGCCGAAUGCAACAGGUACACGGGCAGCAGGCGAACCAGCAGAAGCAGAUUUCCAAGACCUCUGGCAUCGCCAAAUGGGCCGCUGCUCGGCCUGUCAAGGUUCGCAAGCGGAAGGGCCGCGUUGGCCGGCGCGGGUUAAGCCGCAGCGCCUACGCACACAUGCUGCAAAUGUACAAUGUUGGCGAUUUCGACACGAUGGAUAUCGAUGUAGAUGAGGGGACCAAUGUUGCGAAUAGCCCCUUUGGAAUUGAAGACCCCUUUAACCAAAACCCUACCGUCAACCAGAACCCCUUUACCAAACGGAACCCUUUUACCAAACAGAACCCCUUCACCAACCAAUACCCUACCGUCAACCAAAACCCUUUCACCAACCAAAACCCCAUCGUCAAUCAGAACCUCUUCGCCAACCAACAACCCUUCACCAGCCACAAUGCCUUUAACUCAGAAGAGGCUCGGAUGCAACGGGAGAUGGAAGUCGCAGCUCUACAGUAUAGGGUCCGUGACUUCCUUACCCGCCUUGCGAAUGAGAUGUCUAAUUUGUUAGAGGCUGUGUGA